GCUUGUGGGAAGAGCGCUGUCGCGUGUUGAACUCGACGCUGUGCUGAGCGACACAGAUUCGAUUUAAUAUACACACGUAGUCCCUUUUUGUCUCAUUUCCGUUGACGAAAAAAGAAUUUGUAUUCGUUGCUAGUGUUUUAUUUGUAGCACGGGCGACCAGCUUAGGCGUAUAGCGCUGUAUUUUUCUUGCCUUCAUCUCUUUCUCCCGGUGGCGGAGAAUAAAGAGUGAGGCGAGAUGUACAACGGCAUCGGUCUGACCACUCCCCGGGGCAGUGGGACCAAUGGGUACGUCCAGCGCAACCUGUCGAGUGUGCGGGUGAAGCGUACGAGAGAUGACCGCAGCGGGGAGAUGGACGAGAAGGAGCGCGAGCGGCUCGAGAGCCAGCUGAAUCGGCAGCCCAACGCAGAGAUUCUGGAGCACCAGCGCAAGAGGCAGCUCGAGCUCAAGUGUGCAGAGCUGCAGGACAUGAUGGAGGAGCAGGGGUAUUCUGCUGGGGAGAUAGAGGAGAAAGUGAACAGCUUCCGGAUGAUGCUCCAGGAGAAGCUUGAGCCUCCUGCUCCCCCCACAGAGCGGCCACUGGUGACGGAGACUCACGCUCUGGCCGCUGCUAACCAGCAGAAGAACGACCGCCUCCGAGAGGCCUUUGGUAUUGCUACGGACUACGUCGACGGCUCCUCCUUCCACCCAGAGCGCAAGCAGCGAGAGAAGGAGAAGAGGGAGCAGGAACGGCAGCAGCAGCAGCAGCAGCAGCAGCAGCAGAGAUAUGCGUUGGUGGAGGAUUCCAGCAGCUCAGCCUCUUCACCAUCCCCUAAGCGUGGCCGAAAGAAGAAGAGGAGGAACAAAAACAGGGAGAGCUCAGAGAGUCCAUCACCUUCUCCCCAGCGGGGGAAAAAGAAAAUUAAGAAGAAGAAAAAGAAAAGAGAUGGGUCUGUGCAGAAGACUGACCGGCAGAGUUCCCCAGAGGACAGACGCAGGAAAAAGAGGAAAGCCAGCGAAGAUGGAACUCCUCCACAGACCAAACAACGGAGGAACAGAAGCCCCUCCUCAGAUUCAGCAUGCAGCCCAUCUCCAGUGGCAGUCAAAGAGGCGCGGCAGAACCAGCCAUUUAGGAGGGACAAUGAUGGAAGGAAGGGGCGGUCCCCUGAUAAUAGAGGACGAAGACAAGAGGAGGAACACUCCCACAGGGUCACGCUCAAAGAACGGUCUCCUUCACAUCCCAGCACUUCAGAGCAAACCCGGGGCGGGAAAACGGAUCGAGAGAACGUGAAGCCCCAGAGGAAGAGGCACAAUUCUUCAUCCCCCUCUCCCUCCCCAGAGCGGGAGAGGCCAAAGCAGAUGAGGAGCACAGAGGGGGAGCGUGCAAGGGGGAGGGAGCGAAGUGCCUUGGACAGAGAGCGUGAGAAGGGCCGCCAGAGGGAGCGGGAGAGGGAAGACUCCCCCCAAGAGAAGUACAGGAGAUCCAAAGAGAAAUUAAGAAAGCGAUCCUCCUCCGAGUCAUCGACAUCAUCAUCCUCAUCGUCCUCUUCCUGCUCUUCCAACUCUCACUCUCCUGUGAAAAAUGGAGGGGAGAGGGACCGUGAACGUGAGAGAGAGAGGGAGCGAGAAAAGGUGAGGGAGCAAGAAAAGGAACGACAGAGGCAGCGGGAGAGGGAGAGGGAACGAGAAGCUGCGAGGGAACGGGAGAAGGAGAGGGAACGAGAAGCUGCGAGGGAACGGGAGAAGGAGAGGGAACGAGUAGCUGCGAGGGAACGGGAGAAGGAGAGGGAACGAGUAGCUGCGAGGGAACGGGAGAAGGAGAGGGAACGAGUAGCUGCGAGGGAACGGGAGAAGGAGAGGGAACGAGAAGCUGCGAGGGAACGGGAGAAGGAGAGGGAACGAGAAGCUGCGAGGGAACGGGAGAAGGAGAGGGAACGAGAAGCUGCGAGGGAACGGGAGAAGGAGAGGGAGAGACGGGAAAAAGAGAAGCAAAGGGAGCUAGAGAGAGGAAAGCAGCAGGAGAAGCUGUGUGGUGAAGUGAGAGAGAGUGAACAAGCAGCUGGUAGACACUCGCCCUCCUCCCCUCGAACCUCCGUGCCUUCAGCAGAGGACCAUGGGGACCGGGACAGAGCUGCAAGCAAGGAGGUGCUGAGGGGGCAGCAGGGGCCACAGAAAGGUGAGAGGAGGCCCGAAUCGAAGGAGGAGCGUGGGGGUCACGAGAAGGAAAAACAGAGGAAGAGAAGCAGCACCCGGUCAAGCAGCAGCAGCAGCAGCAGCGGGAGUGAGAGUGACAGUUCUUCGUCCUCGUCAUCAUCCUCAUCCACCACUUCAGGUUCUUCAUCAUCCUCAUCAUCGUCUUCCUCCUCUGAGGAGAAUGAGAAGAAAUGCCCCAAGGAGCAGACUGGUAAGGAGACUCGAAGUCUGGCUUCUCAUCCACUCCCGCCUGCUCUUCCCCAGCCGUCAUCCCCUCGAGCGCCUCAUCCUGCCCAGCAGAGUCAGAGAGUGGGUGAGAGUGAUGUACAGAACAGCAUCGCUGAGGGGUCUACGCUUAGAGCCCGGAGUCGAGAAGAGGGGCUGACGUGCAACCCUGUGGAAAGGAAGCUGAGCCCCGUCACGGGAAGAGAGCGGGGGAGCAGAGUGCAGGCACCCAGAACGAGCUCCAUGUCGCCUGAGAGGGAACAAGGACAAGGGGGGGAGCGCUACUCCCCAACAGAACCGUCCCGAGAUGCGUCCCUUUCCCCUUCCACAGGGGCGCAGCAGGAAGCAUUCACAGGCGAGGACAGAAGCAGAUCUGAAAACGAGCCGGCACGAGGAUGGGGGUCGGAGGUGGGCAAGAAGCGCUAUGUGCCCUCAGAGGACACGAGUCCCCCGGCCACCCCCCCCCAGGAGAGAGGAAGGGAACGGCACUCUCCAGCCAAGGCCAAGCAGGAUGAAGGCCGAAAGCCGGACUCCUCGUCCUUGCUGACUCGUGAGCAAAUGGUCAUGAAGGACAGUGGCAGGGAAAGAGGCGGAAGGUCGGCAGAGGCCCAGGUCAACCGAGGACAAGAGGGCGCCCCCCUGGCCCUGCACUCCUCUCACUCGCCUUCAUCACCGCGUCGCACUCCUCCUUUGCAGUACCAGGAUGCAUCACGGCUCUACCGCCGUUCGACGCCCUCCCCCAGCCCAAGACGAGGAUCGAGACGGACUUCCCCCCAUCUCACCCGACACUCUUCCCGCAGGGACAGAGAGAGAGAUCGCAACCGCGAUGGGGACAGGGAGAGGGACCGAGACAGGGAGAGGGUGAGGAGGUACUCUCCUCUAUCACGCAGAGACAGGGACAGAGAGAGAGACAAGGAGCGGGAGCGGUCUCGAGACCGGAGGCAGAGGAGGAGCCGAACAAGGAGCCCGAGGAGACGCAGUCCUCCAUACAGGUCGCGGCGCUCGCCUUCUCCAUACCGGCGGAGACGGAGCAGUCGCUCACUUUCCAGAGAAAAGGAGAGGGAGCGAGAAAGGGAGCGAGAGAGAGAACGAGAAAGAGAGCGCGAGAGGCUCAGAGAACGGGAGCGUGAGAGGGAGAGAGAGAGGCGGCCCCGCACUCCUCCCAAAGACACACAGCCUCAGCCACCUGGCUCUGCGUCGUCAUCCUCCUCCUCGUCUUCCAGUUCCUCAGACACGUCUUCUGGAUCCGAGAGUGAAGGAGAGCACGAGGCAGAGAAGGCCGUAGCAAAGGGAGGGGCCCGCAAUGGCAGGGUCGAGGAGUCAGAUGUGAGGGAAGGUGUGGGAGACGAACAGGGUGACAGACAGGAAAGAGGAUGCACGGAGAUGGACAGGAGCGCAAAAAGAGUAUCUGUGUCACCUGCCCACGACAUCUAUCUCCGGAACAACGAAACAGAAUUGAGUCCACGGCCCAAGGAACAGAAUGCAGGGCUGGCGCAGACAACCUGCCUGAGCAUCCCUGGAGAUGAGCGGCCCUCUGGGAAGCCAGAAGAAGGGGGGUGUGGUGGCCAGUGCAAGAAAGAGUGCAGCAGUAGUUCCGGGUCGUCGUCGUCCUCCUCCUCCUCAUCAUCAUCUUCGUCUUCAUCAUCUUCAUCUGACAGUUCAGAGUCUGAGCCUGAGGGAGGCAAAGAGAACAGUGAUGGUGCUCGAGGACAGCGUGGGUCCUCGUCUUCCUCAUCUUCGGAAAGUGAAAGAGAGAUAAAAGAAAGCUCACCUCGGCCGCGAAGGGUGCCGGCUGAUUCCCUGAGAGACUCCCGCUCUCCUAGCUACUCUCCUCCACUGCGAGCCCGCCAACCUGCCCCGUCGUCACCGUCCCCCAGGAGCAGCAGAAAGGAAGAAAGCAGAUCAUCCAGCCGAACGCAAAGGAAGUAGUUUCCUGGUCUGCCCUGCUUCCUCCAGUGCUUGAUCUUGGUCGCUGUUGUUGAGCAGUACUGGACUGUACCAACUGGAGAUCCAGAGGAGGAUAUUGUGCUAAAGUCUGCGCUACGGUCUUCUUCCGGAGCCAGAAGAGAUGUAUGGUGUACAGGAAGACGGAUCGGUCUGGAACCCAUUGUGCUGUUCUAAUUUUUAGGGAGUAGUUUGUGUGGUUUUUUUUUUUUUUUUCUUUUUUUUUUUUUUUCUUUUUAUUUUUAAAAAUAUGUUUAUUCAGGACUGAUGAAUGGAAAUAUGGGAGAGACAGUGACAUGGAAUAGUGCAUCACUUUAAAUUCGGAUGCAUAUGUGAUUACAUGAACAUACAUGUAUACUUGUACCAAUGAGAAACUACCCUCUUGAUAACCUCCUGAAUGUCUGCUGUAGUAAACUUAUAAGCAACGUGGUUAUUACACUUGGGAGGGUUUGAUGUCUCUGCUUUUCUCUAGAAAUGUCAGCUUUGAUUCCCUCCCCCCUUUUGGAAAAUAUUAAAAAAAAAAAAAAAAAAAAAAA